CCGUUGGCUUUAGCCCCCCAUUUUAUUGCAGUUUGUCAGGACAGCCUCGGAGACUCCUCCAUGGGGGAAGUCAAGACCUCUGCUUCUCUUGGGGCGUCUGUCCAUCCGGCCAUCUGUCGCACACACACUCACUUCUUCACUUGGGACCCCAGGGCCGGGCUCUGCUGGUCGGGCAGGCUGUGGGGGGAUGCAGGUUUGGGGAUGAUAGAACCGGGCCUGAGUCCCAGGUCUGUCACUUGCCAGUGGACGUGUUGAGCCCAGGGCCUGCCCUGCGUGGAGCACGACGGUGACAUCUCCUUGGGAUUCGACGUGAGGGCUCAGACACCUGGCACCAGCUGCAGGCCCAGGCUCCCAGCCCUGCUUCGCUGGUGGCAGCCUGAGAGCCACGCGAGAUGUCCAGCUGGGCACUCCCGGGCCACCCGCCCAGACCCCUUUCCCUGUCCCUGCUAGCAGGCUGGCCACCCGGCAGCCCCAUGUUUACUGAGCGUGCUCUGCAUGGAGCCUGCAAAGGUAUAAUCAGUCUGCUGGUGACACGGGAUUGAGACCGUUGGAAACCACACGGAGGAGAGCCCUUGGCACUGAUCUCGUGUCCGCCAGAACGCACAGUUUCCCGUGCUCCGUCUGCCAUCUUCGCUGACAGGGUCUCACGUCGGAGACGUGGUGUCUGCCAGAGUGUGGUCCGGACCACAGCGCCUGCCCCACCCCCCGGAGCCUGGGCAUCUCGAGGAAGCACCUGCUGGCUGCCUGGGGCCUUUGCACACCCUUGAGUCCACAGUGGCCCCUCAGCCCACUGCGAGCUGCUAGGUGGGCAGACAGACCCCUUUGCAGAUGGGAAACUAGACUCGGAGAGAUCACACACUCCUAGCGAGUGCAGACGCUGAUCUCCAGGCUUCCCUGGGCCUACUUCCUCAGACUGGGGGCCUGGAGAGGGACCCUGUGCCCAGGUGAGUGGGGGAGACGAGGUGCAGGCCUGCCCCUUGAGCGCACGGGGCUGCACUCCCUCUGACCCUCAGGCCACCAGAAAAGACCCGCCUCCUGGGAGGGGCCUUCACCCCAGUGGGGGAGGGGAGGGAGUCUUAAGACCCCUCCUCAGGCUGGGAGUCUCAGAAGCUGCAAGCUCUUGGGACAGGCGGCUCUGACCUCUCGUCCUUGUCCCCGUAGGGGUGGGGACGUGACCGCAGCACAUGCUUUCUGAGGCUCCCUUCAUUGCUGAUCGGUUGACCAUCCCUUGGCAGAGCUAGAAUCUUCCUUCUUCCCCCCGCGGGCCCAGGAAAUGCAGCUGUGCCGCUGGAGCAAGCCUGAGCUCUGUGCGCGAUGGCUGAGGACCAUGUGACCUUGAAGUCUGGGUUGGGGGCCAUGGAGGGAGCCACAGGCAGCCGCCCAGGCCUCCCGGAGAAGCCAGUUCCCAUGGCCUCCAGCCCCACUCUGUCCUCGCUGGGCGCCGUCUUCAUCCUCCUGAAGUCUGCGCUGGGGGCCGGCCUGCUCAACUUCCCCUGGGCCUUCUACAAGGCGGGUGGGGUGACCCCUGCCUUCCUGGUGGAGCUGGUCUCCCUGGUUUUCCUCAUCAGCGGGCUGGUCAUCCUGGGCUAUGCUGCUUCCGUCAGCGGCCAGGCCACCUACCAGGGUGUGGUCGGAGACCUGUGCGGCCCCACCAUUGGGAAGCUGUGUGAGGCCUGCUUCAUUGUCAACCUGCUCAUGAUCUCCGUGGCCUUCCUCAGGGUGAUUGGGGACCAGCUGGAGAAGCUGUGCGACUUCCUGCUGCCCAGCGCCCUGCCAGCCCUGCAGCCCUGGUACGCCGAGCAGCGCUUCACCCUGCCCCUGCUGUCCGCACUGGUCAUCCUGCCGCUGUCCGCCCCGCGGGAGAUCGGGUUCCAGAAAUACACGAGCAUCCUAGGCUCCCUGGCUGCCUGCUACCUGGCCCUGGUCGUCAUGGUGCAGUACUACCUUGGGCCCCCAGGCCUCGUCCGUGAGCCUCGCCCUGCAGCGAGGCCCUCCUCCUGGACCUCCGUGUUCAGCGUGUUCCCGACCAUCUGCUUCGGAUUCCAGUGUCACGAGGCCGCGGUGUCCAUCUACUGCAGCAUGCGCCGCCAGAGCCUUUCCCACUGGGCCCUGGUCUCCGUGCUGUCCCUGCUGGCCUGCUGCCUCAUCUACUCGCUCACAGGGGUUUAUGGCUUCCUGACCUUCGGGAUGGACGUUUCUGCCGACAUCUUGAUGUCCUACCCUGGCAACGAUGUCGUCAUCAUCGUGGCCCGGGCUCUCUUCGGGGUCUCCAUUGUGACUGUCUACCCCAUCGUGCUCUUCCUGGGGAGGUCGGUGAUGCAGGAUUUCUGGAGGAGGAGCUGCUGCCGGGCAGGUGGGCCCGGGGCCCUGGCGGAGCCCUCAGGGCCGUGGGUCCGGGGGCUGCUGACUGUGCUGUGGGUGGCGGUGACGCUGGCCAUGGCCCUGUUCCUGCCCGACCUCAGCGAGAUCAUCGGCAUCAUCGGGGGCGUCAGUUCCUUCUUCAUCUUCAUCUUCCCAGGCCUGUGCCUCAUUUGUGCUGUCGGCAUCGAGCCCCUGACUCCGCGCGUCAAGUGCUGCUUGGAGGUGUGGGGAGCGGUCUCCGUGCUCGUGGGCACCUUCAUCUUCGGACAGAGCACGGUGGCCGCGGCCUUGGAGCUCUUCUGAGCGGGAGGGGGUCGGCCCGGCCUCCACGCGGCGCUGGUGCGGCACCCGUGUCCUUGGAUCAUAAAGAUGCUGCAGAAACGGAUGCGUCCUGUCUCCUGAGGGGGCUCAUUUGGGCUUCUGUGGGUUCGGAGGGUUUCGGGUGCGGUGCCGAGGAGGGUGUAUUGAUGUCCUGGGACGCCCCUAGCAGAAGGCCAUGUGCUGGGGGCCUCAGACAGCAGCCAUCAGUCCCCGCAGUCCCGGAGGCUGGGGUCUGAGAUCGAGGCUUGGGCAAGGCUGUGCUCCCUCGGAGGGCUCUCGGCGAGCCCUCCCGCCUUCAGCCUCCUCCGGCCGCUGGUGUUGCUGGCCAUCCUGGGCAUGGCUUGGCCUGUAGGUACACCCCGCUCGCCUUGGCUCCCUGCCCCCGACAUGGCGUCCGCCCUGCGUGUCUGUCCAGAGUUCCCUCCUCCGACGAGGACGCCAGUCACUGGCUCUGAACCACCCUAGUGCAGGGUGACCUCCCCCUAACUUAGAGGCUGCAAAGAUGUCACAGUCACAGGUCCCCAGAGUCGGGACUUCCGCUUACCAUCUCCAGGGGACACAGUUCAGACCAGAAGUUGGGACUGAGGCCCAGGGACCUCAGCUUUGGCCCCCACUCUGAUGGGAGGACCCCGAGGAGAGCCCCCUUUCCCUUCCGGCUGGACCUGAAGAGCCUGGGAGCCCAGUGGACAGUUGGCUCCGUCCUUCCUUCACGACCCCAGCCAGUCCUGGGGUCAGGGUCACACCUGCAGCUGGGGACAGGGGGCCCCGGGGGUUGGCCCCGGGCCCAGAGUAGGGGAGAGGGUGGGGAGGGAGGCGGCCAGGGGCCCGGCUGCUCCUGUCGCUGUGCUCGUUGGCACUGACCCUGCAUGGGACCUGGGGUGUCCGGGCCGUCACUGGAUCUGUGCCACUCUUCCUGUGCCUUGGGACGUCGGCCGGAAGCAGCGGGGCUGGAGUCGGGAGAUGGUGGUGAGAAAGCUGUGCCCCCAGCAGUCCCUGCCUGGCCCCGGGGAGCAUGAGGCUGCCGUCUGCGUGGACCCGCUGCUUCCGGACCCCCGUGAGCUGCCUUCGCGUCUGGCUCCGUUGACCUCAGCGUGUUUUCACAUUCGUCCGUUUUACAGGUUGGCGGGGAGUGUGACCUGAGACGUCCCCGCAACGCCGUCGGCGCAGAGGCUGGCCUGUCACUGGCCACGGUGUCCGCCGUGCGUGAGGGUAGACACUCGUCUCAAAUCAUCCUGCAGACGUGGCCGAGGGAGGUUUUGUGUCACAGGUGACGAGUUCUGCUCUGAGUGGCGUGGGCCGCCGGGGGCUCUGGGGAGGGUCUUUCCCCUGGCUCCGGUGCCCCCCAUGGCUGGGCAGGGACGCCAGCCCCAGGCGCUGCCAGGCCCCUGCGAAGCUCCGCUCCUCCGACACAGGCCGGCCCCCACACACGCCCCACGGCAGGUUCGGGUCUGGAACUGGACACGGUGAGAAUGUGCAUUGGCCGCUGAACGCAGGUGGGGACCUUUUUGAUGUGGACACGUGAGCUGAUGGGGAGGGGCGGCGGUUGAGGUCAGCUUGAUGUCACGCCGAAGGAGCCGUCGUAGGUGUACGAUUCAGUUACUGCAGUGUUGGGUGGACACCUCCGCCUGGUUCCCAAACACUCCUGUCACCCCAGCAGGAAACCCCGUCACUCCCUCCUCCCUCGGACCCCAGCCCGGAAAGCCCUAGUCUUCUCUCCGUGCCUAGAGACGAGACUAUUCUAGACGUUCCGCGUGAAUGGGAUCACAUGCUAGAUCCCUCCGUGGCUGGUCUCGUGCAUGUGGCUUUGUGUUUUCACGGGUUAUUCGUGAUGUGCAGGGGUCCGUACUGCGUUUCUGUGGCUGAACGGGACUCCCUGGUGUGGCCGGAGCCCACGUGGCCUGUCCCCCCGCUGACGGCCUUCGGAGCUUGGACCCGUCCUUGCUCACAUGUGUCUCCUUAGUCGGCUGGGGGUGUGGGGUAGACCUAGGAAUGGGCUGGCCAGCUCCUAGAGUACCCGUCUUUGAGGAACCUCAUCGAUGUCUUAAUGACCCAGCCUAGAGCUGUUCUCACGUGUCUGUGCUGAGUGGCACAGGGGCUUGGGCACCGGGCUGGGGACGGGUGGCUCUGGGUUGGGAUGUAAGUGGUGCCCUUAGCUUGCUGUGUGACCUCUGGUGAGUCGCUUGCCCUCUCUGUUUACAUACCCCCGACCCCUGCCAGGAACCUGCCUAUCCCGGCGCGGCACAGGCAGCACCAAGGGAGAUGGUGUCUGCGUGCCUGGUUGUGAAGUGUACAUUCAGCGGGCGCUCUGGUACCUUUUGGGGCUGGAAUCUGUUCUCCCCGGAGCCUCUUCCCACCCACUCAGAAUCCACGGAGGCUCCGUGAGCUCCAGCUGCCGUCAGCAGAGAUGCUACAGUCCGGGUGCAGUGCGCGGGCCGGCGUGCAGGACGUGUGGCAGACGUGUAACACGCCCAGCUCGUGGGGUUCCUCAGCUAUACCCCAAGGAGCCUCAGCCCCGAGAAUCUUUGUAAAACUGCCGUGCUGAUGGGAGCAGCACUGGCUUUGGGGGUGCUUGUGGAUGCUGCGGGCAGGACCCUGGGACAUGCCACUCUCAAGAGCGGAGAGGCUGCGGCAGGGACGUGCUGCUGGGAG